AUGGCGCUCGAUCCGUCCAGCGGCUUCGCGGCAGCCGACGCCGUGCCCGACCUCGCCGACGCAGCCCUGCCCAUCUUCGACGUCCUCCCCGUCCAGCUCCAAUUCUCCAUCGCCGCCGACUUUGUCGCGGGCCAGGCCGCCAACAAUGUUCUAGUCAUUGCCCUCUCUAACGGCCGCAUCCUACGCAUCGAUCUCAACAAACCCGAAGACAUCGACGACAUCGACCUCCCCAAAAACCCACCGAAACCGGGCGUGAUCCGGCCGCAUUCGCGCACGCCACGCCCGCUGGCCCGCCUGCGCGGCGUCGCCAUUGAGUCGGUCGCCUGGAGCCCCGCCCUGCCCACCUCCUCCACCCGCGAGAUCCUGCUCGGCGCCGCCGACGGCAACGUCUACGAGGCCUCGGUCGAGACCUCGACCGAGUUCUAUCGCAAGGAGGAUAAGUAUGUGAAGCUGCUGCACAAGUUGCCCGAUGGGGCGGUGACCGGGUUGUGGGUGGAUGUAUUGCCGGGGUCGGGGUCGGGGCCGAUAGGUGGGGGUGGUGGGGGUGGUGGUGGUGGUGGUGGUGUGGGGGGGAAGGGGCAGGAGGUGAGGCGCGUGGUGAUUGCGACGCAGAGUAGGCUGUUUCAUCUCGUGGGAAAGGUGGGCAAGGGGAAUGAUGGGAGUGCGUCGAUAUACUCGAGGCUGUUUGAGAGUGAGCAGCCGGUUGUUCAUGAAUUGACGAGGGCGUCGACCGCCGCCGCGUCCAUGCUCGCCGUCUCGCCCGAUGUGGAAGACGUGCCGCGGUUCCGGGGGGACGAGGAGCUUGCCGAGCGGGCGUUUGCGUGGCUGUCGUCGCAUGGCGUGUACCAUGGGAAGUUGCUAAUGGAUGGGACCGGCGCCGAGUUGGGGAAUAAGGUGUUUGCUGAGGCGAAGCUGCUCCCGAGGGCCCAGUUGGCGAAUCCCGAGGCGGCGGGAAGGCGGCAGGUGUCAACCGAGUACAUUGACGCAAUCGCCCUUACACAAUGGCAUGUUGUCUGCCUAGUUGGGACGCGCGUCGUGGUGGCUAAUAGGCUGACGGGGUCGGUGGUCUACGACCAAACUAUCUUGGACCCGGGGCAAAAGGCAGUUGGCCUGUGUGUGGACCUCCAAAAGAACACCUUUUGGCUAUUCACGCCCCAGGAGAUUUUCGAGAUCGUUCCUCGCGACGAGGAUAGGGAUAUCUGGAAGAUUAUGUUACAGAUGCAGCAGUUCGACACUGCGCUCCAGUAUGCGCACACGCCGGCGCAGAAAGAUGCCGUUGCAAUCGCUUCAGGAGACUACCUCGUGAGCAAGGGGCAACACAGCGAUGCCGCGGGCGUCUACGGCAGGAGCAGCAAGCCGUUCGAAGAGGUGGCGCUCACGUUUAUUGACAACGAGCAACCGGACGCGCUUCGCAAGUAUCUCAUGACCAAGCUCAGCACGUACAAGAAGUCGUCGGUCAUGCAGAGGGUCAUGAUCGCGGCGUGGUUGGUCGAGGUGUUUAUGGCCAAGCUCAACUCACUCGACGACACUAUCGUCACUGGGGCAGAGCUGUCCGACACGCUGAAUCCGACACAGACGAGGGAACAGCUAGACUCGGUUCGAGCCGAGUUCCAGGACUUUGUGAACAAGCACAAGUCCGAUCUCGACCAGAAGACAGUCUAUGAUGUUAUCAGCAGCCAUGGUCGGGAAGAAGAGCUUCUCUUUUAUGCCAACGCUGUGAACGAUUACAACUACGUCCUCUCGUACUGGGUUCAACGAGAGAGGUGGUCAGAAGCGCUGAGGGUAUUAAAAAAGCAAACCGACGCCGAGGUUUUCUAUCGGUAUAGCAGCGUGCUUAUGACGCACGCGGCUACGGAGCUAGUCGAGAUCCUGAUGCGGCAGAGUAACCUCAACUCGCGGAGCCUCAUCCCCGCCAUGCUCGAGUAUGACCGCCACUACAAGGGGCCACUGGCCCAAAACCAGGCCAUUCGGUAUCUGCAGUACGUGGUCAACCAACUCAACUCGGCUGACUCGGCCGUACACAACACCCUCGUCUCCAUCUACGCCUCCCACCCGUCCAAGGACGAAUCCGCACUCCUCUCGUACCUCGAAUCCCAAGGCGACGAACCAAAAUUCGACCCAGACUUUGCGCUCCGCCUCUGCAUCCAGCACCGCCGCGUCCUCUCGUGCGCCCGAAUCUAUACCAGCAUGGGUCAGUACGUGCAGGCCGUCGACCUCGCCCUCUCGCACGACGAAGUCGAGCUAGCAUCUAUCAUCGCGGACCGACCCAUGUCCAACCCACCCCUGCGGAAGAAGCUCUGGCUAGCAGUCGCCAAGAAGGUCAUCUCCCAACAGUCCGGCGGCAUCAAGACGGCCAUCGAGUUCCUCAAGCGCUGCGACCUCCUCAAGAUUGAGGAUCUCAUCCCCUUCUUCCCCGAUUUCGUCGUCAUCGAUGACUUCAAGGAGGAGAUCUGCGCGGCGCUCGAGGACUACAGCCGCAACAUUGAUGCACUGCGGCGCGAGAUGGACGAGUCGAGCCAGACAGCGGCCAACAUCAAGGUCGACAUUGCGGCGCUCGACAGGCGGUACGCCAUCGUCGAGCCCGGCGAGAAGUGCUACGCCUGCGGCCUGCCGCUGCUGAGCAGGCAGUUCUUUGUGUUCCCCUGCCAGCACGCUUUCCACUCAGACUGCCUGGGCCGGCGGGUGCUGGAGCAGAGCGGCGCGGCCAAGGCGCGGCGGAUUAAGGAGUGCCAAGUGCAGAUUAGUAAGGGGUUGGUUGGAGGGGAGAAGAGAGAGGCUAUGAUUGCCGAGCUGGAUGCGUUGGUUGCUUCGGCGUGUAUUCUAUGCAGCGACUAUGCGAUCCGGAGGAUAAAUGAACCGUUUAUCAAGGAGGGGGAAGACACAGAGGAGUGGGCAUUAUAA